AUGCUGAGCGCUCUGAGGUCCAGCAGGGCCUUCCUGCCGUCGCCUGCGGGCCGCGCGGGCCGCAAGCUGUCGGCACGCGGUGGAGUUGUUGUUGCAGCGGACUGCUGCACACGCUCUGCGGCUACAACCGCAGCCUGUUUCCGGAAAGCUCGACACAGCAGCAGCAGCAGCAGCAGCGAGGCCUGGGCGGAGAGACAUGGCGCGCUGCAGGCGUCCUCGCGAGGGAUUCUCACGUCGGCGACGAGGUUGUCGGCAGCGGCUGGCGCGGUGAACCCGACCUCUCGCACGUCGUCCACAACUCUUGAAGAGAUCACGACCGGGCAGUUCAACGACCUCGACCUGUCGAAGAACACGCACGCCGCGAUCUCGGACGUUCUGGGGUACGCUAACAUGACCAAGGUCCAGGAGCAGUCCAUCCCGGUCUGCCUCACAGGCGUUGACGUCCUCGCCAAGGCUAAGACGGGUACCGGCAAAACAGUCGCGUUCUUGAUCCCCGCCAUCGAGCGGGCGGCAAAGAGGGGUUUCGGGAAGGGCGUGUCCGCGCUCAUCAUCAGCCCCACGCGCGAACUCGCCCAGCAGAUCGCCGUCGAGGCCCAGCAGAUCAUGUCCUUUCACAGGCUGAAGCUCAUGUGUUCCGUUGGGGGCGUCAACGUCAACCGGGAUCUGAACCAGCUCAACUCGGGGGCCCCGGACAUCAUGGUGGCGACGCCGGGAAGGCUCCUUGAUCUGAUGGAGAAUCACGGCUUGGGGCGAGACAUGAGGGACCUCGACACCCUUGUUUUCGACGAGGCUGACCAACUCCUCGAGAUGGGCUUCCGCCCUGCCAUCGAGAACAUCCUCAGGAACCUGCAAGCGAGCAAGACCUAUCGGCAGACCCUAAUGUUCAGCGCAACCAUGCCCGGAGACGUUCAGGCCAUCGCUAGCAUCGCCAUGAAGCCAAGCUACGAGGUCGUCGACUGCGUUGGGGAGGAAGAAAACACCCACCAGCACGUCCCGCAGAAGUUUGCCGUGGUGCCGAUGGCGGAGCAAAUACCCCGACUCUUGGCGACGAUCCUCAAGGCUAAGGAGGACCCCGACCACAAGAUCAUCGUGUUCUUCGUGGCCGCGAGAAUCGUACAGCUGCACGCCGAGCUAUUCACCCAGAUGGGAGUAGACGUGCUCGAGACCCACUCGCGGAAGUCGCAGGCGGCCCGGACCCGCGUCGCGGAGGCCUUCCGCAAUGGCAAGGGUCAAAUCAUGUUCACCAGCGACGUGUCGGCGAGAGGAAUGGACUACCCCGACGUGUCUCUCGUCAUUCAGGUCGGUCUCCCGUCGGACACUAACCAGUACGUUCACCGCCUGGGCCGUACCGCGAGAGCUGGGAAGGGAGGCAGCGGUCUCUUGGUCCUUGCGGAGGCUGAGAAGGGAUUCAUCAGGGAGGUGGGAGAUCUCCCACUGGAAGAGGAUGAGCGAAUGGAUCCGGGCACUAUGAUAGAGGCCCGGCAGAUGGUAGCGGGAGCGGUACACCGCGUAGACCCGGUGACCGUCAGCAAGGCUUACCAGGCGUGGCUGGGUUUCUACAAGGGUGCCCUCAGGAGGCUGAGGUGGACACCCGGAACCCUCGUAAGCUCGGCCAACUCUUGGGCGGUGGAUGUCUGGGGCCUGGCGUCCCCGCCCCCCCUCCAGGCCAGAACUAUCGGGAAGAUGGGCUUGAGAGACGUUGACGGUCUCGUGAUCGACAGAACCCCGCAAGAGCCGAGGGGAGGGGGGGGAGGUCGUGGCCGCGGAGGGGGGGGUGGUAGGGGGGGACGCGGCGGUGGUGGGCGCGGGGGGGGGAGGGGUGGGGGGGGAGGGGGCCGGGGACAGCGGCGCAAUAUGAGCGGGGGGGGACGAGGAGGCGGCGGGGAAAACGGUUACCGGAGAGGGCCGGGGAGGGGGGGGGGUGGUGGUGCGGGGUCUGGCGUUGGCAGGGGGGGUGGGGGGCGAGGCGGUAUGCGGUAGAUUUACGUUAAUGAAAAUAAUUUAGUGGGUGGGGGGUCGCCGGUGUUUCAGACCAGGCCCGCUGCCGAGAGGUUGUUGUUGAUGGUGGUACGCAUAGGGGUGUGUGGCUGUGGAGGGAGGAUGCCGAUCUUAGACCUCGACGUCGAUCUUCAAUCUCGUGACUUGUUCCGUUGGUUUGAGUUGCUGGGUUUUGGUUGGACCGCGGAGGUUAGGAUUGCCGAAGGCGGUGGUACGAUGCCAGAUUUAGCGAUAGACUUCCCCCUUUAAUACAGUCAUGACAUGGGUAGGGUGGUGACGGUGGGGGUACACGGCCAGGAAGACCGGAUUCAGCGAUAGGCUUCCCUUUUUACGUGAUCCUGGGCACCGUUGUGUUGUUGGUUGGGGACGGAAAGCAACCCGAAAAUCUGAACAGUUCACGGCAACGUGUGGCGCGUUCUCCUCUGUCUGGCCAUUCAUGCGUAUGUCGAACGUGCUUGAAGUUGGUGGGGAGGUGGCGAACCGCGUGAGAGAAAAAAUGAUGACCAUUUCGCGAUACUGUAUGCAUACCUGGCGCAAAAACUGUCCCUAUAUGCUGUCUGGGGAAUCUUAGACAUACAGGUACUUUCUGACGCUAUGAAU